AUGGAAAUUAUUAACUUGCUCAGAAAUUUCAUUGCGUCACAAAAGUUAGAUGAUGGAAAUUUGGACGGUCUCUGUGAGAUUCUUGAUCAACAAGAGAAAAAAUUAAAAACGUCUACAAAUCCCGCCAAUUUGAAGCGAUGCAUUAAUUUAGAAGGUUUUGAUGCAUGUGGGAAAAGCACUAUUUCACUGUUACUGAGAGAGAAUCUUCAAAAUUCUCGAUUACUACAGACACCACCAUUACUAGUAUCCAGAUACCGAUCAUUUUUCGAUAAACAAGAGGAGACAAUUCGUCGACUGUUUUACAAUUUGGGCAAUUUAAUCGUGUCUAAUGAACUGAUCGACACUACUCACAAUGACGAAUUACUUAUUUUAGAUCGAUACUGGCCAUCGACAAUCGCAUAUAAAUUAGCUCGUCAAACAGAAAAGUCACUCGAAUCUAUUAACAAUGAAUUGGUAUGGCCAAACUAUCUCAAUAAGCCGACAAGGAUACUUUAUUUGUUCGUACCUGAAGAUGAGAGGCUAAGAAGGAUUGAGAAGCGAAGUGUCCAAGUACCAAUAACUCUAGAAGAAGAACAGCUAAAGAAUGAACAGACUUUUCGUCAUCGUUUAGAUAAAAUUUAUCGACAAAUACCAGAUGUCGAAAUUAUAGAUGCUAACAGACCUCCGACUGAGAUUGUACGAGAUAUUUUACAAAACUAUGUAUGA